AUGUCAUCGCCAUCAAAGUCAUCCGAGACGCCAUCAUCCCCACCCAAAAAAGACAUCGACGAAGGGCCCACCGAUCAUACUCCUCAAGAAGGAUGGGGCGAGAAAUACUUCGGUGGCCGCAAUGACCAAUAUCGAAAUGGUCCUCCCGAGACUGGGACUGGCACACAGGGCGGUCACCCCUCCCAGGGGGCUGUUGCGGCCACAAGGGGUAGCCAUCACGCAAGUGGUGCCUCUGGGCAUCACUCGUCGAGUACAAAUGAUAUCUCGACAUAUCAAAUUCCCACCGACAAAGAAAAAGAGGCUGACCUAGAGCAAGAUUCCAUCGAGAGACAGUAUUUCAACACUCAAUCUACAUUGAUACACAAUGAGAUCGAUGAGAAGAGAAAAGAAGAGAAGUAA